ACGCGUCACUUUUCGCAGCCGGGCAGUAGGCGACGAGAUGCCGGCGCCGGAACACGUCGUUUUGCUAUUGCGUCGUGCCGUGCGUGCGCUACCUUGGCGGCGUGUGCUGUGUGCAGUCGGCGUUGCGGUCACUGCGUGGUUGUGCUACUGGUUCCUUGAAACGUGAAUGAGGAAAGUAUAAACAUGCCAUGUGAUUGUUGUGUGCCAGAGUGCCGCGCAUUACCACCAACGAGCCGGAGGUACCCUUUUUCUCCUUCCUGAAGAAAGAAAGCAGCCGAUAUAAGUGGCUACGAGCAGUCUCACGGAAGGAAUACGAAAUACCUCCUCUACGAAGAAUCUUCUCCGGCUCUGCUCAUCAGCAAAAGCUUCUAGGAUGGCGCGAAAAGCACGCUUGCAGCUGGCCCAGGUCGGGGCGGUGUUCCUUGGCGACACCUUCCUUGGCGGCCCGUCGUCACGGAGCGAAUGAUGUGGCCGGUAUAUCAAACCGCCGUGUAUCGGGAUGGCAAGCUGUUCAUGGCGGGUGCCGGAGGAAAUGCGCUCAGUGCUGUCGCCAGCAGCUUGAACUUCACAUACACGCUCACACAAGGGCAUAACUACGGCAUCCGUUUGCCGAAUGGAUCGUGGACUGGAAUGGUCGGUGCUCUCCAGAGAGGGGAAGCCGACGCCGCCCUGUCUGUGAUGACACUAAGCCUAGAACGACACUCCGUUGUGCGCUUUGGUCCAUGCAUUGACACGGUCGCUUUCAGCAUGCUGGCAAGCUCUUCCCCAGCUCACUUUGACGCCUUCGGCUACAUCCACGCUUUUGGCAUUGAGGUGUGGCUCGCCGUUCUUGUGUGCAUAAUCUGCCUGUCAUGUCUACUAGCCCUCAGUAGCUGGAAGACAUUGUCAAUUCAACGCAGAAACUGCGCGACCUUUUUCCACUGGACCUACUGCUACUGCUGGGGACUUCUUGGUCUGCUCUUCGCUGAAAGCUCACCGAGACGCUACUCGCUCACGUCGCAGCGACUGCUCAUGACUGUGUGGUUAAUGACCGUUGUCGUGCUGUCGAACACUUUCGGUAGUCUACUGAAGUCUAAGCAAGCCGUGUUCAACUUCAAGCCCGAGGUGGACGGAGUCGAUGACCUUGCAGCGAGGCCUCAUCUCACGCCUAUUGUACCGAAGGGAAAUUACUUUGAGACAUUUGCGCAGUUUAGCCGUUCGAAGUCGGUGAAGAAAGUGUGGGAGCGGUCGCGCGCCCGAGGGGCCUUCUACGUGCCUGCGCAGCUCUUCUCAGACUCUUCGAUGGCGCAGGUAGCCGCGCACCGCGCUGUGAUUCUCUGCGAGCAUGGCUCGAUACUGCUCCAUAUGGCCGACUUCUGCGAGCGCCAGAACAUCCGCACCUUCGUCGUUGCCAGCCAGCCACUCGACAAGUCACCCUACGGCUACAUUUUCUCCAAGCACAUUGACAAGGACUUCUUUAGAAAACUCUUUGACAAGUACCGUCGACUUCAGGAGACCGGUCUGAUGCCCAAGUGGAUGGCCGACAGCCAGGGCAAAUGGGAGCGCUGCAUUCAGUCCAAGGACAAUAUUGUGAAGAGCAUCGGUCUCAUGGACACCAUGCCUUUCUUUCUGCUAUGGGGCGUCAUGUGCGGCCUAGCCUUCUGUGCCUUUCUCAGCGAGCUGGGUCUCACCAUACUGCUCCAAGGCCUCCGAGCCAGCAGACACUGAUCCGGCGCGGGAAUGUGUACUGCUGGGAUAGAAAGGCGCAACGUCGAACACUGACAGCGUGUAAACGCAUUACGUGAUCGCUUGCUUACAACUGAGCCUGAACGCACUAGUGUAGAUGUUAGAGAAUUUGUCAGCAACCAUUGCGCCAUGCACUGCGUGCACGUUCAGAACAGUAGUGUUAGCACAAGCAUCCCUAAAAAAAAUUGAUAAUGACUUUGCCAAGUGUUGAGCAAAUGCAGAUUGUAGUCGUAGAAUUUAGCGAUCGUAGUUAUAUUUAGACGGAGCUUCGCGCUUUCCUGAAAACUGUGUAAUUUUCCGUAAAAAGCUCAGCCUUUUGGAAAAUAAAUAUACCCGGAAGAUAUCUACCCUUGUUACUGGCGAUAAGCAGUGAUUAAUAUCUGCGAUAUUAAGCGCUCCUUAAACAUGAAAACAAUAACAUGAACAAACGUUUUUACGCAAAGGCAAAGCGUCCUAACUAGCAGACUCAUUGUAAGUUAAUGAACAUUUGUAAACGAAUACAAAAUAAAAGUUAGGGCGGAUAAGGAUAUGUUCAUUCUUAAACAUUUUCCCAUGCCAGCCAUUGUACCGAAACAUAUAGAAAAAAAACUCAUUCCUCUCAGACGUGCAGUAAAACGGCCUCACAUUUGCCAACUAUUGCACCCCGUGUAAGGGUGAGGAUUAUGAGUUUAGUUUAUUUCUUUUUUUUCUGGCCUUCUGGAGAAUUAAAAAUGGUCAAGACCAUUUAGAUGAUUGGUAAAUGAAGCGCGCACUAUGGAGCGUUUCGUUAUCGGUUGAUGCAGAAGCUAUAGAUAAAUAGAGUGAGUGCUCUCAUAUUGUAGUCGAAGGUAUGGUAACAUAAACAGUAAUCAACAUCAAAUUCCAGAGUGCACGCUAAGCUCUAGUAUUUGCUAUUUUCUUAUAACUAUAUCACUAAGCUGGGUAAAUGCCUAAUAGCUUGAAAUUUCCGCAUGUUGUUCCUGGUCUUCCGCAAAAAGUGACACCACUCAGCUGACUACAUAGCCAUGCUAAUUAGUCCUGCAAGAGGAAGAUAUUUUUGUGUGUUUUUCUCCCCAACGAAGUUGAAGUUCAUUAGAUGUAUAUAUAUACGCACUUUAUUCUUCUUGCAGUAAGCCAAUGCAAUCCUCUUCGAAAACAUGCGCUACAAAUACAAACAGAGAAGCUUUUGUAGUAGCACUACAAGACUCUUUAAAUGUGGAAUUUUUCCUACCUACUGUGGUUAUUUUCAGAGCAGCUAUAACUAUUUCCUUUUAUUGGUUCUUCAAAGCUGCUAUUCUUUUUAAAACAUCAGAGCUUAUAAAAGUAAUUUUUUUAUAAACGCAUACCCACAUAAUUAUUUAUUGCGCCUGUGAACAUAUGAGAAAUCAAUUUACGACUUGCAUUUCGUAUUCAGCUUUACUGGAUCAUUUUGGUGCAUGUCUCACAUACGGUCUUUCUAGCGGGUAUUGCAUCUACUAAGGUAUUUCACAACAAUUUUUUUAUGGAUGUUCCUUGAUUAUACGCGUGUUUAAGUCGUUGCUUAGUUUAUAUUACACUUACGUUAAACAUCAGUACAAGAAAGGUGGCGGGAGGGAAGAAUUUUUUCUCUAAACCGAGAACAUAAUUAAACCGCGCUUACGAGCUUAACAUAAUGUUUAUUCAUGAGUUAAAGAUAUGCAAUCUGAGGUGUCGUGCACGUAGUCGGUCUAAAGAAUAUGUGAGCUGAAGCUACUCAAAUUACAACUCGGCCAAAACUGAGCUUCCGGCACCACCUGGUAAGCCGACGCUAAGUUCGCGGUGAAAAACACACGCAGCCGACUACAUUAACAAAAAAAAACUGCUGUACCCAAACAGGCAUGCCAGUGAGUUUACAGUACCAAUCCCUGAAUAAAUUUCGAGGCAAUUUCAACAAGACAUGCACUGGUUACCACAGAUUUUCCCAUGACCACAUGCUCUGGACGUCACAUUCAAACACACAAUAAAAAUCUAAUGUAGGUCUAAUGUGCAGGUAAAUCAUUAUCAGUCUGUCUCUUUGCGUGCCCCAUCGAUUAUUACAUAUGCUUCUGAAUAUUCGAAUUGAACGGAAAACCUUAGCAGUUACAUGUUCAAUAUGUAAAGCUGCCAGUUAAGAUUUUCGUCAUAAAUAUUUCCGAGAUACCUGGUUUUUUUCCGCUUGCGAAUAGUUGCAGGUCGUAUGAAAAGAAUUUUUUCACUGGGUCUUGUAGGGAAAGACAUGAACAGCUGUCUUGUCUACAGCGAAAGACAAUUAGAUAUUAUCCAGCCAUGCUUCUAAACUGAAAAAAAAGUUUGCAAGCACUCAUAAACGUACUGUAUACCACUUGCCGAAGCAAAGGAAGCUAUAUAUCAUCAGUGUAAGCGUGGGUGUCUAAAUUUUUAUGAGAAGGAAUGGGCUUGACCAAGAUGUGAAACAAAAGCGGGAAGAAAACUGCACCUUUGGUAAUGCCGUACGUUUGUUUAAAUUUUCCCUAUGAAAUUCAACUUUGUGCACAAUAAAACUCUCUACGCUGUAAAAGCUCCGCUGUUCACUGUACAAAUUAUAAAGGUAAAACAAUGUCAUGCAUCA